AUGCCUUGCACCGAAGCAUCAUGUGCAGGACCAACUCGGAUAGCUACAAGCUUGAACAAUGUUAGUUUUGAAGCCAAGCCAACUGAUAUAUUGCAAGCCUAUUACAAAAAUAUUAGUGGGGUAUUCGGGAAAGAUUUCCCAAGUGAGCCACCAAGGUAUUUCGAUUUCACAGGAAAUGUGUCAAAUAUUGAUACAGUGACAGCCAAAGGGACAAAGGUGAAGAUGUUGAACUUUGGAGAAGCAGUUGAGAUAGUCUUUCAAGGGACUAAUUUAGGUGCCGAAAUGAAUCAUCCUAUGCAUGUACAUGGAUUUAGUUUCUACAUGGUUGGUACUGGCAAAGGAAAUUUCAACAAUAAGACUGAUCCCAAGUCUUAUAAUCUGAUCGAUCCACCUGAAAUCAACACCGUUCCACUUCCUAAGAGUGGAUGGGUUGCCAUCAGAUUUAUUGCUGACAAUCCUGGGGUAUGGUUCAUCCAUUGUCACUUGGAAAGGCACUCAAGCUGGGGCAUGGACACAGUUCUCAUUGUAAAGAACGGCAAAACAAAGGCAACAAGCAUGCGCCCUCCUCCGGCACACAUGCCGUCUUGCUCCUAA